UUGGCGACUUCUCCAUUCUCUUCGCAACGGUCCCCCCUUGUCUGUGCUGCACUGCUUGAUUUAGAAAGGCCGGUCUGGCUGCUGAGGCUGGCGCUGUGCUGAGAAGGGAGGAGGGCUCGGUGUGGAAGAGAUGAACCGGACAAAGGGUGAUGAGGAGGAAUAUUGGAACAGCUCCAAGUUCAAAGCUUUCACUUUUGAUGAUGAAGAUGAUGAACUCUCACAGUUAAAGGAGUCCAAGCGGGCGGUGAAUAGCCUUCGAGACUUCGUGGAUGAUGAUGAUGACGACGACUUGGAGCGAGUCAGCUGGACGGGGGAGCCCGUGGGAAGUAUCUCAUGGUCCAUCAAAGAGACUGCUGGGAGUUCUGGAUCAACCCAUGAAGGGCGUGAACAGCUAAAGAGCCGAAACAGCUUCUCCUAUGCACAGCUACCCAAGCCCACUUCUACCUAUUCCCUGAGCAGCUUCUUCAAAGGUCGAACUAGACCUGGAAGUUUUCAGUCCCUUUCUGAUGCUCUGUCGGACACACCUGCCAAGAGCUAUGCUCCAGAGCUGGGGAGACCUAAAGGAGAAUAUAGGGAUUACAGCAAUGACUGGAGCAUCGCUGAUACGGCGCGGCGCCUGCGGAAGGGCAAGGUCUGCUCUCUGGAACGAUUCCGCUCCUUACAGGACAAGCUGCAGCUUCUGGAAGAGGCAGUGAGCAUGCACGAUGGGAACGUCAUCACUGCGGUUCUGAUCUUCCUGAAGAGGACACUGAGCAAAGAGAUCCUUUUCCGAGAGUUGGAGGUACGGCAGGUUGCCCUGAGACAUCUCAUUCACUUCCUUAAGGAAAUAGGGGAUCAAAAGCUGCUUUUAGAUCUCUUCAGGUUCCUGGAUAGAACAGAAGAACUGGCACUAUCCCAUUAUCGAGAGCAUUUGAAUAUUCAGGACCCUGAGAAACGAAAAGAAUUCCUUAAGACCUGCAUUGGUUUGCCAUUUUCAGCAGAGGAUUGUGCACACAUCCAAGACCAUUACACACUCCUGGAGCGCCAGAUCAUUAUUGAGGCAAAUGAUCGACACCUAGAGUCAGCAGGGCAGAGCGAGCUCUUCCGGAAGCACCCCCGCAAGGCUUCCAUUCUCAACAUGCCGCUGGUGACCACGCUGUUCUACUCCUGCUUCUACCACUACACGGAGUCCGAGGGGACAUUCAGCAGUCCCGUCAACCUGAAGAAGACUUUCAAGAUCCCGGACAAGCAGUAUGUGCUGACAGCUUUGGCUGCUCGUGCCAAGCUGCGUGCCUGGCAAGACAUCGAUGCCCUCUUCACCACAAAGAACUGGCUGGGUUACACCAAGAAGAGAGCACCCAUUGGCUUCCAUCGAGUGGUGGAAAUUUUGCACAAGAACAGUGCCCCUGUCCAGAUACUGCAGGAGUAUGUCAAUCUAGUGGAAGAUGUGGACACAAAGUUGAACUUGGCCACUAAAUUCAAGUGCCAUGAUGUUGUCAUUGAUACCUGCCGAGACCUGAAGGACCGCCAGCAGCUGCUCGCAUACAGGAGCAAGGUGGAUAAAGGGUCUGCAGAGGAGGAGAAAAUCGACACCCUUCUCAGCAGCUCGCAAAUUCGAUGGAAGAAUUAAGCGGCAUUCACCACUGUGAAACCGGCCUCGUCUCUUCUGUCCUGCUGAGGAAGGAGGGAGAGAGAGAGAGAGCCCCGGC